UCGCCGCGACCGCCUCUCCCCCCUAGUCGCUCAAAUGCUCUCGCGCCGCUCUGCGGUGGAACACGGCCUCUAUCACGCUCUAAACCCUUCACCCCUCCGUCUUAAUUACCAAUUCUCGGAGCCAUUGAACCCUCUUACCUAAGCAGCUGCUGAAGAGUGGUAAAUCAUUUAGGUCUUAGAGCUCUUGCUCUGUAAACAUUGAGGGUUCAAUUUCUUUCUCGCAGCUGGAGAAGAGUGAGAAAAUUUAGGGUUUCUUAAACCGGUAGAAAACAAGAGAAUCUAGAGAGAGAAAGAGAGAUGUGGAACAAUGGAGUUGGGCCUCAUAUGGCCCCUCCAGGAACGGCACAGGCAGUUCCACCUCCUGCAGUGCAACCAUCUUACAGUGUGCCUCUUUCUGCUGAAGAGACGGAAGCUAGGUUGGAGGAGAAAGCUCGAAAAUGGAUGCAGCUUAACAACAAGAGAUAUGGAGAUAAGAGGAAAUUUGGAUUUGUGGAAACUCAGAAAGAGGAUAUGCCUCCUGAACAUGUGCGCAAGAUCAUAAGAGAUCAUGGGGACAUGUCCUCCAAGAAAUAUCGCCAUGACAAGCGUGUGUACCUUGGGGCACUGAAAUUUGUUCCCCAUGCAGUUUACAAGCUUCUUGAGAACAUGCCAAUGCCCUGGGAGCAGGUUCGCAAUGUAAAGAUUUUGUAUCACAUCACUGGUGCAAUAACAUUUGUGAAUGAGAUCCCAUGGGUGGUUGAACCAAUAUAUUUGGCGCAAUGGGGGACAAUGUGGAUCAUGAUGCGGAGGGAGAAAAGGGAUAGGCGUCAUUUUAAACGGAUGCGUUUUCCACCUUUUGAUGAUGAGGAACCCCCUCUGGAUUAUGCUGAUAAUUUACUUGAUGUGGAUCCCCUUGAGCCUAUACAGUUAGAGUUGGAUCCUGAAGAAGAUAUUGCUGUACAUACAUGGUUCUAUGACCACAAACCGCUAGUGAAAACAUUGUUCAUCAAUGGUCCAAGUUAUCGAAGGUGGAAUCUGUCUCUCCCAAUUAUGGCAACCCUGCAUCGGCUUGCUGGACAACUACUUUCUGAUCUAAUUGAUCGCAACUACUUUUACUUGUUUGACAUGGAGUCAUUUUUCACUGCCAAAGCACUUAACAUGUGCAUACCUGGAGGUCCCAAAUUUGAGCCGUUGUAUCGUGAUAUGGAAAAAGGAGAUGAAGAUUGGAACGAAUUCAAUGACAUCAAUAAGCUUAUUAUACGUUCGCCACUCAGGACUGAGUAUAAAAUUGCAUUUCCCCAUCUUUACAACAAUAGGCCAAGAAAAGUAAAGCUGGGGGUGUACCAUACUCCUAUGGUAAUGUACAUAAAGACAGAAGACCCCGAUCUUCCUGCAUUUUACUAUGAUCCUUUGAUUCACCCCAUCACGUCGAUCAAUAAGGAGAGGCGUGAUAAGAAAGUGUAUGAUGAUGAUGAUAUUGAUGGCUUCGAUCUUCCAGAAGGGGUGGAACCAUUGUUGCAGAACACCCAAUUGUAUACUGAUACUACAGCUCCUGGGAUUUCUUUGUUGUUUGCUCCUAGGCCUUUUAAUAUGAGAUCUGGUCGAAUGCGGCGUGCUGAAGAUAUCCCCCUUGUAUCCGAGUGGUACAAGGAGCACUGCCCCCCAUCAUACCCUGUCAAAGUACGUGUCAGCUAUCAGAAGCUCUUGAAGUGCUAUGUUCUUAAUGAGCUGCACCAUAGGCCCCCUAAAGCACAGAAAAAGAAGCAUUUGUUCCGUUCUCUUCAAGCCACCAAGUUCUUUCAAACCACGGAGCUGGAUUGGGCUGAGGCAGGUCUUCAAGUUUGUAAGCAAGGUUACAACAUGCUCAAUCUUUUGAUUCACCGGAAGAAUUUGAACUAUCUCCAUCUUGACUACAACUUCAAUCUGAAGCCUGUCAAGACCCUCACCACGAAGGAGCGUAAAAAGUCUCGUUUUGGAAAUGCUUUCCACCUAUGUCGUGAAAUUUUGCGUUUGACUAAGCUUGUGGUGGAUGCAAACAUUCAGUUCCGAUUAGGAAAUGUGGAUGCUUUUCAAUUGGCGGAUGGUUUGCAGUAUACAUUUUCACAUGUUGGUCAAUUGACUGGUAUGUAUCGCUACAAGUAUAGACUUAUGAGGCAGAUAAGGAUGUGUAAGGACUUGAAGCAUCUGAUUUAUUACCGUUUCAACACUGGUCCGGUUGGGAAGGGACCGGGAUGUGGUUUCUGGGCUCCGAUGUGGAGGGUUUGGCUAUUCUUCCUCCGAGGUAUUGUACCUCUAUUGGAAAGAUGGUUGGGAAAUUUACUUGCAAGGCAAUUUGAAGGAAGGCAUUCAAAAGGAGUGGCCAAGACUGUGACCAAGCAACGUGUUGAGAGCCAUUUCGAUUUGGAACUACGAGCUGCUGUCAUGCAUGAUGUGCUCGACGCUAUGCCAGAGGGCAUCAAGCAGAACAAAGCGAGGACCAUUUUGCAGCAUCUUAGUGAAGCAUGGCGCUGUUGGAAAGCAAAUAUUCCUUGGAAGGUCCCCGGUUUACCUGUUCCCAUUGAGAACAUGAUCCUUCGUUACGUCAAGUCGAAGGCAGAUUGGUGGACAAAUGUUGCUCAUUACAAUCGUGAACGUAUAAGAAGGGGUGCAACAGUUGACAAGACUGUUUGCCGAAAGAAUCUUGGAAGAUUGACUCGCUUAUGGCUAAAAGCUGAGCAGGAACGGCAACACAAUUACUUGAAAGAUGGUCCAUAUGUGACUCCUGAAGAAGCAGUUGCCAUCUACACCACAACAGUGCAUUGGCUGGAAUCAAGGAAAUUCUCUCCAAUUCCAUUUCCACCAUUGUCCUACAAGCAUGACACAAAACUUCUUAUUCUUGCACUUGAAAGGCUGAAGGAGUCUUAUAGUGUUGCUGUGAGAUUAAACCAGCAACAGAGGGAAGAGCUGGGUCUUAUUGAACAAGCAUAUGACAAUCCUCACGAGGCAUUAUCACGUAUAAAGCGGCACCUUCUCACGCAGCGUGCCUUCAAAGAAGUUGGCAUUGAGUUCAUGGAUUUGUAUAGUUAUUUGAUUCCCGUCUAUGAGAUUGAACCUCUUGAGAAAAUCACAGAUGCAUACCUUGAUCAGUAUUUGUGGUAUGAAGGUGACAAACGUCAUCUCUUUCCUAAUUGGAUCAAGCCUGCGGACUCUGAGCCACCUCCCCUCUUGGUUUACAAGUGGUGCCAAGGAAUAAAUAAUUUACAAGAUAUAUGGGACACGAGUGAAGGUCAGUGUGUAGUGAUGCUUCAGACAAAGUUUGAAAAGUUCUUUGAGAAGAUAGACCUGACAAUGCUUAAUAGGCUUUUGCGACUGGUUCUUGAUCACAAUAUUGCUGAUUAUGUCACAGCAAAAAACAAUGUUGUUUUGUCCUACAAAGAUAUGAGUCACACAAAUUCAUAUGGUUUGAUUCGUGGUCUUCAGUUUGCUUCUUUUGUGGUACAAUACUAUGGACUGGUCCUGGAUCUCUUGCUUCUUGGUUUGACUCGGGCCAGUGAAAUUGCCGGUCCACCUCAAAUGCCCAAUGAAUUCAUUACGUACUGGGAUACUAAAGUUGAAACAAGACAUCCAAUACGGCUGUAUUCACGGUAUAUUGACAAGGUGCAUAUACUGUUCCGUUUCACUCAUGAGGAGGCCAGAGACCUCAUCCAACGCUAUCUAACUGAACAUCCUGACCCCAACAAUGAGAAUAUGGUGGGAUAUAAUAACAAGAAAUGUUGGCCUAGGGAUGCCCGAAUGAGGCUUAUGAAGCAUGAUGUCAACCUUGGAAGAAGUGUUUUCUGGGAUAUGAAGAAUCGUCUCCCCCGAAGUAUAACCACUUUAGAGUGGGAGAAUAGCUUUAUCUCUGUGUACAGCAAGGACAAUCCAAAUCUGCUUUUCAGCAUGUGUGGCUUUGAAGUGCGAAUUUUACCAAAGAUCAGAAUGACACAGGAGGCAUUCAGCAACACUAAAGAUGGCGUGUGGAAUCUUCAGAAUGAGCAGACUAAAGAGCGAACAGCCAUUGCCUUCUUGCGAGUUGAUGAUGAGCACAUGAAAGUGUUCGAAAAUCGUGUGCGGCAGAUUCUGAUGUCUUCGGGAUCGACAACAUUCACCAAAAUUGUUAAUAAGUGGAACACGGCUCUUAUAGGCCUCAUGACAUAUUUUCGUGAAGCAACUGUUCAUACUCAAGAGCUGUUGGAUUUGCUUGUGAAAUGUGAAAAUAAGAUUCAAACCCGUAUCAAGAUUGGGUUGAAUUCAAAAAUGCCAAGCAGAUUUCCCCCUGUAAUUUUUUACACACCAAAGGAAAUUGGAGGUCUCGGCAUGCUUUCCAUGGGUCAUAUAUUGAUCCCUCAGAGUGAUCUGAGAUACCGCCAGCUAACAGAUGUUGGAGCAACUCAUUUCCGAAGUGGUAUGAGCCAUGAGGAGGAUCAGCUUAUUCCGAACUUAUAUCGCUACAUACAGCCAUGGGAAAGUGAAUUCAUAGAUUCACAGCGUGUUUGGGCUGAAUAUGCUUUGAAGAGACAAGAAGCACAAUCCCAGAAUAGGCGAUUGACUCUUGAAGAUCUCGAGGACUCUUGGGAUAGAGGUAUUCCUCGAAUCAAUACUCUCUUUCAGAAAGAUCGACACACACUGGCAUAUGACAAAGGGUGGAGAGUAAGAACCGACUUUAAACAGUACCAGGUUUUGAAGCAAAAUCCAUUCUGGUGGACACAUCAGCGGCAUGAUGGGAAGCUGUGGAAUUUGAAUAAUUACCGGACUGAUGUCAUCCAGGCACUUGGAGGGGUGGAGGGCAUUCUUGAACAUACUCUCUUCAAAGGAACUUAUUUUCCAACAUGGGAAGGUCUUUUCUGGGAGAAAGCAUCUGGUUUUGAAGAGUCUAUGAAGUACAAGAAGCUGACAAAUGCACAGCGUUCUGGGCUCAAUCAAAUUCCGAAUCGUAGAUUUACUCUGUGGUGGUCGCCUACUAUAAAUCGUGCAAAUGUUUAUGUAGGUUUCCAAGUACAGUUGGAUCUGACUGGGAUAUUCAUGCAUGGGAAAAUCCCAACAUUGAAGAUAUCCUUGAUUCAGAUAUUCAGGGCCCAUCUUUGGCAAAAGGUCCACGAAAGUGUUGUCAUGGAUUUGUGUCAGGUGCUGGAUCAGGAAUUGGAUGCGUUGGAAAUUGAGACUGUACAGAAAGAAACAAUACAUCCAAGGAAGAGUUACAAAAUGAACAGUUCUUGUGCCGACAUCCUCCUCUUUGCUGCUUAUCGUUGGAACAUGUCCAAACCGAGUUUAGUGGCAGAAGCUAAGGAUAUGUUCGAUCAGAAAGCGAGCAACAAAUAUUGGGUAGAUGUUCAGCUCCGAUGGGGAGACUAUGAUUCUCAUGAUAUCGAACGUUACACCAGGGCCAAAUUUUUGGACUACACCACUGACAACAUGUCAAUUUAUCCAUCUCCAACAGGUGUCAUGAUCGGAAUUGAUCUUGCAUAUAACUUGCACUCCGCCUAUGGUAACUGGUUUCCCGGUUCAAAGCCUCUUCUGGCUCAAGCUAUGAAUAAGAUCAUGAAGUCAAAUCCUGCUUUGUAUGUUCUGAGAGAGCGUAUAAGGAAAGGCCUGCAGCUUUAUUCAUCCGAGCCCACUGAGCCAUAUCUAUCAUCUCAAAACUAUGGAGAAAUUUUCAGCAAUCAAAUUAUAUGGUUUGUUGAUGACACAAAUGUAUAUCGUGUCACUAUCCACAAAACCUUUGAAGGAAAUCUCACCACAAAGCCUAUCAAUGGUGCCAUCUUCAUAUUUAACCCGAGGACGGGGCAAUUGUUUCUCAAGGUUAUCCACACAAGUGUUUGGGCUGGGCAGAAGCGUCUCGGGCAGUUGGCCAAGUGGAAAACUGCAGAAGAAGUUGCUGCUCUUGUGCGCUCUUUGCCUGUUGAAGAGCAGCCCAAGCAAAUCAUUGUGACUAGGAAAGGAAUGCUCGAUCCUCUGGAGGUUCACUUGCUUGACUUCCCUAACAUUGUGAUAAAGGGAAGUGAGCUCCAGUUGCCAUUCCAGGCUUGCCUGAAAAUUGAGAAGUUUGGGGAUUUGAUUCUCAAGGCUACGGAGCCACAGAUGGUUCUUUUCAAUAUUUAUGAUGAUUGGUUGAAGACGAUAUCAUCAUACACAGCAUUCUCUCGUCUAAUAUUGAUUUUGCGUGCCCUCCAUGUUAACAACGAGAAGGCCAAGAUGCUACUCAAGCCUGACAAGACUGUUGUCACAGAACCCCACCACAUUUGGCCGUCCCUAACAGAUGACCAGUGGAUGAAGGUUGAGGUGGCUUUGAGAGAUCUCAUACUGUCUGAUUAUGCAAAGAAGAAUAAUGUUAACACAUCAGCUCUGACCCAGUCUGAGAUUCGUGAUAUCAUAUUGGGGGCUGAAAUAACUCCACCAUCACAACAGAGGCAACAGAUUGCAGAGAUUGAGAAACAGGCGAAGGAAGCGAGCCAGCUCACUGCAGUUACCACAAGAACAACAAAUGUGCAUGGUGAUGAAUUGAUAGUCACCACAACAAGCCCAUAUGAGCAGGCUGCUUUUGGUUCCAAGACUGAUUGGCGUGUGCGUGCAAUCUCUGCAACCAAUCUUUAUCUCCGAGUUAAUCACAUCUAUGUCAAUUCAGAUGAUAUCAAGGAGACUGGUUACACAUACAUCAUGCCAAAGAAUGUCUUGAAGAAGUUCAUCUGCAUAGCAGAUCUAAGGACCCAAAUUGCGGGUUACUUGUAUGGAAUCAGUCCUCCUGACAAUCCUCAAGUGAAGGAGAUCCGUUGCAUUGCUAUGCCACCACAGUGGGGGACCCACCAACAGGUUCAUUUGCCUUCAGCAUUGCCUGAUCAUGACUUCUUGAAUGAUUUGGAGCCCUUGGGGUGGAUGCAUACACAACCCAAUGAACUCCCUCAGCUCUCACCUCAGGAUGUUACGUGUCAUGCUCGGAUUCUGGAGAACAACAAGCAGUGGGAUGGGGAGAAGUGUAUCAUUCUAACUUGUAGUUUCACUCCUGGCUCCUGCUCCUUGACUGCAUAUAAGCUCACCCCAACAGGUUACGAGUGGGGAAGACUCAACAAGGACACUGGCAGCAACUACCAUGGCUAUCUCCCAACCCAUUACGAGAAGGUUCAGAUGCUUCUCAGUGACCGGUUCCUUGGAUUCUACAUGAUGCCUGAAAACGGGCCUUGGAACUACAACUUCAUGGGUGUUAAGCACACCGUGAGUAUGAAGUACAAUGUUAAGUUGGGGACGCCUCGUGAUUUCUAUCAUGAGGAUCACAGGCCCACCCAUUUCCUCGAGUUCAGCAAUUUGGAGGAAGGAGAGCAUGCAGAGGGUGAUAGGGAAGACACUUUCGCUUAGAGCUAAUUGUAAGAUUUGUUGAAGGAAACCCAGUUGCAUUGAAAUUGUAUAGUUUCCGUGAUACUAACCUUUGACCCCUUUGGAGAUGCCAUGGAUACAGUGGAAACUGUUCUGUCGGUCUUCUCAUGGCGUACUUUUUUUUUUUGUAUGUUACGAAGAAGCUGGAGUUUAAACCAUGGCUUCUGCAUGUAUUAGAUGGACAAGAUUUUAACGGAGCAUGGUUUUUGGAAUGGCAAAUGCAAUCUUCAAGAUGACAACUAUGAGUGGUUGCUUCAGAAAGGCACCAACUGCAUGAAGGACCUGUUUGUAUGACAUAAGUCUUAGUGAUGUUACGUGGUUGAAAAUUAGUAAAUCAAUAAUAAAGCACACCUCCGGUCAUGUUGA